AAAUUAUAGAAGAAAAGAAGCUAAUUAAAAAAGUAAAUAAAUAAAAUUUUUUCCAAAAAUUUUUCUUACCUCAACAGUCUGCAAGCUUUAUGCAUCAAAUAUAAAUAUAAAUAUAAAUAUAUUAUUAAUGCAAAAUUUUUUUUCUUUUUCAAUAUAUUUUUGUUAGUGAAUUUUCAAAAAAAAAAAUUGAAUUUAAAUAUUUGGAUUAAUUAAUUAAAAUUUCACAUUAUCGUCUCCAUUUCCAUAUUUUAAGGUUUUCGUUUAGAUCUUAAGUCUCACUUAACAAUCACUAAUAACAAAAACAAUGAAGAGUAGUAAACGAUGGUUUCUGUUAGCAGUUGUUUUAGCCACAUUUAAUAGCAUAAGUGCUGCUGGACCGUUUAAAAAAGUUUCUAUAGCCACAUCAGCGAAAAGUAUAACAUCAGCAGCAGCAACAACAACAACAACAUCAACAACAACAACGACUAGUACAACACCAUCACCAGAAGAGGCGACUAGCGAUGAAGGUGAUGAAAAGUCGGACAAUAACAAUUCAACGGGACAUUUGAAAAAUUCCAAACUAACUGGUAUACCGCAAAUCGAUUAUAUAUGGGAUCCAAAUUUACCUCGAGAAUUAAGAGGUUUUAAUCUAUCCAGUUAUCCAUUUUUUGCCACAGUACCGCCAGAGGAAGAUAUACAUUUUAAAUGUGAUGGCUUGCAUGAUGGUUUCUACGCUUCUAUUGAGCACAAGUGUCAGGUUUACCAUCAUUGUGUUUAUGGUAUACGGCACGAUUUUUUGUGCGCCAAUUUUACAGCCUUUGAUCAGAAAACGUUCAUAUGUCAUUUUGUAUCGGAUGUUGACUGUGAAGGUUCGCAGAAGUAUUGGAAUCGGAAUGACGAUUUAUAUAUGGCAACAACAACAACGUCGACCACCACAACGACAACAGAACCUCCUCCGACGCCUAAAAGACGUCCGGUGAGACCAUUGAGGCCUUUAAGACGACCUGUAAAUCGCCGACCCAUAGACGAUUAUUACUAUGAUGAAGAAGAAUAUGAUGAGGAAUAUUAUGAAGAGCGUUUGAACCGGCGACGCAAGCAGAGACCUCGUCAUCGCAAGCCCAUGGUCGAUUAUGAAGACGAUUACCUCGAAGAUGAAAAACACAUGACAGACUUAAGACCUAGACGUCCGAAUUCGAGAGAUCGUUUCCGUGAUGAUCCUGAUGUCGAUAUUGAUGACGAUUACGAAGUUGAACGUCGCAAACUUGAUCGCACAAAGCCUCGGGCUAAACCUGUAGUAACCGCUGAACGUCGGAAGAUAAGUAGCCGAAAACCGGGCUCACUAGUUGGACGUGCGAAUGCGGAUGAAAGACGUAGCCUAAGCGAAGACAGGCCGAUUACGAGUCGCAAAAAAUCUCAACCUGUGUUGACUGAUGAAUUUACUGAGCCAGUCGAAUCACCACCCCGUCGCAUAUCUGGUCGCAAACGUGUUAAUGAUAGACGCCCACCUCCCACUCCCUCAGCUGCUAGUGAUCUUGACGAUUUGGACGAGUACGAGAAACCCCACGCCCAUGCUUUCGAUCAAGAUGCUGAUGCUGCCGAAGAAGAUGUAGCACCCAAACUAAAAACCACAUCUAAACCAUUAGAAGAAUUCAUUACACCUAAAGCAGCGCCAUCAUCAGUGUAUGCCCGUCCUAGAGCACCACCGCGAAUUUCCCGGCCAGUUCCUAUAAACGAAAAAAAAAAAUUUCAGUAUCCUGUGCAGAAAACAGCAACUACGAUAAGACCUCCUCUCGCCUCAUCGCAGGACGAUGAAACCGAUUAUUAUGAAGAUGAAGAUUAUGUGGACGUACCAGCACAACGAGGUCACUCACGUAGACGCAUCGUAGAUGAUGUGCCAAUCGAAGAAGAUGAAUUGCCCACAGCCAGAAGACGUAAUCAAAAACCUACUAGAACUCUAAGAAAACCCACAGUCGAGCCCAAAAAAUCAACAACAGUAGUUGAUGAAGAAGAUUAUGGUGUUGAAGAACGUUACGUAGGUCGUGGUAUUAAUCGUCGAAGAAAUGGUUACUUAGGCCGAACACGCAAUCGUGCAAAUGUUAACGAUGAUGUUGACUUUUUUGACGAUGAGUACGAUGAACGUCCAGCUCGACGCUCAAGACCCAACGGACGGAAAAGUGCCAAGAAACCGCGAAUUCCCGAGCCUUCUGAAGAAAUAGAUGAGGAGGAAUUUGAAAGUGAGCUUGAGCAAAAACCAUUAAGAAGUCGACCAUCAACUGUUGGUAUAGGUCGACGCAAAGCUGCACCUAGUCUACCGAGUCGUUCACGUAGCCCGCCAAUUCCUCCAAUUACUAGCGAUGAGUCAGAAUCAACGCAAGUUGAGGAUGCAGAUCCACCAACUGCACCCGGUAAAAGCCAGGCAGCCGUAAAUCGUCCAGCCUCGGUACGUGUAGUCAAGCGUCCAUUUUUACCUUCACGUGGUGGCAGUCCGUAUUUACCGCGCGGUCUUCAACCUGUCGGUGUUGCCCUUAAGCCGCUUGAUUCGCAAACCACCGACACCAGUCCGAGUUCCAUGCAAAUAAAUAUGGGUUCUACCAUUUCCGGUGUACACUUGCUUGAGCACGGUGUUCCUUUAUUGCGUGAAGCGGGACCGCGCACCACAUUGCCACCACGUAGUCCCCUACCGGUAUCGCAACCACGUACAGAACCGCAAACUUCAAACAAGGCGACUUUGGAUGAGCUAUACGAGACCGAUUACGACGUCACGCUUAAUGAUGCUCUCAAUCCAACGCUUAAACCGCUAUCGCCGCAUCAGCCUCAUCACAAUCAUCACAAUCAGCCUCAAAAUAAUAACCAAAACAAUAAUCAUAUCCGCCGGCGUACGAUUAUCUCAGCGCCGCAAAUACAAUCAAGAAACGGAUACGGCUCGAGAAUGACACCUAUAUCACAACAACAACAACAACAACAGCAAGAAAAACACCAACAUUAUUAUGAUGAUUAUGAUUACUGAGAGAAAAUCUAAAAUAAAUCCAAUGAAAAUUAUGGCCAUUUAGCCAUUUAAUGUUUUCCUAUCAACUGUAAAUAUUGCCGCAACAUAUUAAGUGUAUAAAAUCUUAUAAAUCGCGCCUACAACAAAGAAAAAAAAGUUUUACGAUUUGCCUGUUACGAUUAGCUAAGAGCGUGUCUGCACUUUGCAAGUUUUAGUAAAAGUACUGUCUUUAAAAUAAAUGCUAUAAGGACUCUUCUUAAAUUAUUAUAUUAAAAAACGAAAAUGAAAUAAUACUCAAACUUCGUGAUAUCAAAGGACAAAGUUGUCUUUGUCUUAAAAUGUAAUAAUUUUAUAGUUCAGAAAAUAAUAAAUUCUUUUCUUUUUUUUUUCUUUUUUUUUAGUUUUUAAUUUUUUUUUUUUUUUUUUUUGUUAACGUUUACGUAACGUGUAUUAUUUGUAAACGACAGAAUUAUUUCGAUCAUUUUCCUAUAUUUAUGCCGCAUGUAUGUAUGUAAGAAAAACAACAGAAAAUUUUUAUUCAUUUUAUUUUUUAAUAUCCACCAUCAACUUUAAUUGAUAUAUAAACAGUCAU